AUGCUUUCUUCAGCUUACACUUUUGAGUUAAAUCAAGCUGUUCUACAUAGUCUUGCCACUAUCUCCUAUUGUAUUUUCUAAGCAGUUGACGGAAUUCACCCAACUCUUGCCUGUGGCAUCACAGGCGGCAAGGUCCUUAUCCACACCCCUCACAUCCCAAAUUCAUCCAAUAAUUUUCUCAAUAUCAACAAAAAUAUCAUUUGUCUUGAUGGUGGCCGCUUAGAUCCUUCUCUAAACCGAGACGUCUUAGUUAUAGGGAGCCCAAGUUCCCUUAUGGCUUAUGACAUUGACUCCAACUCUGACUUAUUUCAUACAGAAACAAAAGAAGGCGUCACUUCUCUUACCCUUGGCUCGCUUUCUAUAUCAGGACGAGACACUCCUCUCGCCCUGGUAGGUGGAAAUUGCUCAGUUAAAGGCUUUAAUAAGCUAGGUGAAGAAGAAUUUUGGACGGUUUCUGGAGACGAUGUCAGCGCAAUAGGAUUUUUUAGGACUGAAAGAAAUGAAAAACGACUGCUUGUAGGAGGGACAGAUUAUGCUAUCAGGAUUUUUAAUAACGAAGAGCUUGAGACUGAAAUCAUGGAAAAUGCAAAAAUCACGGGUUUCGCAGAAAUGGACAAAGGAAAAUUUGCUUAUACACUUGAUAACGGAGGGAUUGGGAUUUAUAAAGGAAAACAUAGGGCUUGGAAAGCUAAGGCGAAAAAUAAAGUCUUAAGCAUUGUAAGUGGGGAUGUUACGGGCGAUGGAGUUCCUGAUAUGAUAUUAGGAUGGUCUAAUGGAAAAUUGGAGGUUAGAAGCGAAAAUAAAGGGGAAAAUAUUUUUAAAAAAUCGUUAAAACAGACUAUUGCAAAGGUGUUUUAUACUGAUUAUAGAAUGCAAGGAAAAAACCAAGUCAUUGCGUGCACAGUGGCAGGGAGGGUUUUAGGGUAUAUUAAGGAGGAUAUCCCACACAAAGAACAAAAUGCGGAAGCUCAACAAGAGGAUAUAGAAGACUUGAUGAGAGUAAAACAAAUAUAGAAAUUUCCCAUAAAUGGCGCUGUUUGCCCUUGAUUUGUCCAUGAGGAAGACUUUUUGGUUUGACCAAACCAUAUGGUACUGGUCGAACCAAAAAAUUUUUCCAGUGGGCAAAUCAAAAGCAAGCAGCGCCAUCUAUGGGAAAAUUCUAUACUACUUAAUGAGCUUCAGCAUUAUAAAGAUGCAGCGGCCAGGUCAGGCAGCUCAAUUUUAGCACCAGGAACGAGUUUACUUGUGACAUUAGCUCCAAGCCCGCCUAGGAUUUUUUUAAGCACUAGCAACAGUUCUCUGAUAAAAUGUGCCUUUGUCCUUGGAGAAGGAUUUUUUGAAGGUGACAGCAAAUUUGUGCAUCCUGCCAGGCCCAGCUCUGAGUUGCAAAUUCCUAUACAAAAUCCUAAACACUUAGGCUUAGAAGUCGACAUUAAAGCUUUAGUCUGCGCUUCUGCAGGCGCAUCUCAGCUACAAGUAAUGGAGCGCUCUAUAAAAAUUCCAAAAUUUUGCAACUUCGAAUACGGCGACUGCAAGCUGCCAAGCGGCUACGUAAAUUUCGACUUCCCACAAGGCAACCGUCUUCUAAAUUGGCUCCAAGACCGUUUUAUCCUCAACCCCUCUGCAAUUAAACCAUCAGCAGAGCUCCAAGUUUCUUUUCUGGGCGAGUCUGAAAACCUUUCCUUUAUCCUUACCACUAAUAAGCUAUCUAUUUAUACAGAAACCCUAGAGCUUGCCGCUGAAAUAGCCCAAGACCUUAUUUCUUUUUUCAAUAUUCCUGAACUUGAAAGUAGAGCUGACUACCCUCACGAAAUCGAAAAAAUAAAUGGACUUAUGGAAAAGGUCGAGGAAUACAGCAAUGUAAGGACCCAGCUUUCUAUUAAUAUGGCAGAAAACGCUCAAAAUGUAAAGGCGCUAAUAGUGAAAGCUGAAGACUCAAGAAUUCAAAGAAAUAUGGGCUUUUUUAAGCAAGCGAUGGCUAGUUUGCAUCAGUUUAAUGGAGAGCUGCUAAGUGAGUUCCAGAUAAGGACGAAUAAUCACAAUGAAUUAUUGAGCUAUUUAAAACAAGUGAACCAGUAUAUACAAAGAGCUGGGAAUUUAAGAUAUGGGCAAGCAAAAACUAGGACAAUAGCAAGCUUUAGGGAAGCUGUGAAAACAAAAAAUAUGAAAAUGAUAGCCGCAGCAAUUAUAUCAGGAGGAAAAGCUUCAUAA